AUGGGCAAAGGCAUAGCUAAAUUUGGUUUUAAAAGUGGUAUUUUACCAAAAAUACGUCCAAUCUUGAAGACACCAACAAUGAAACAGAAGAAACAUAUUUUAAUGGAAGAGAAUUUAAAGCAGAAAAAUAGUAAAUCUGGAUAUGCUGAAAAUAUUCCACACCCACAAGGCAUUCAACGUAACCAGCCACCAAUGAAAUUCAUUGAGAUUGAAUCACAAAUUAGAAAAACCGUUCCACCACCAAAAAGUAAUAGCGACAAUAUGACUUCUAACAAGAGCACAGUGGCACAAGUUAAAAGUUCUAUGGCCAGUUUACGUCGUGAAUAUUUGGCCAGCAGUUUACGUAAGGAGGAAGAAAGAUUAAUAAAAUUGCAAAACUUUUUGGAAGAAAAGAAACAAAUUGUACAAGAAAGAAAAAAGAAUGAACAAACAAAAUUAUUAAAAAGUAGUAGUAUUGAAAACAAUCUUACCACACCUACAUUACACGACAUGCUGUCCUUUAUUCCAGAAGAUGAUAAUACAAAUAAAAGAAAGCCAUUGCCAUUCAUGAGACCUAGAACUGAGGAAGAAGAAGAGAUUUUAAAACUGAAAAGGGAAUACAAUAGAGAAAUUAUUAUUUUCAAGGCCAAAAAGAGAAGAUUAGAAAAGUUAUUACAAUUGUAUCAUGUUUCAUCGAAUUUUAUUGUUACUGAAGAACAGUUACUUGCUAAAAUCGAUAAUGUUUUCAGCCAGAAAAAUGCCGUUGAUCGUGCAAUUAAAUUUAAUUUGUUUGGUAAUACUGAUUUGACUGCAGACUCUGCUACUAAGACUAAGACUAGAAUCGUUAAUCAAUUACUAGGCACCAUGGGUCCAAACCAUUAUGUAGGUCUACCAAAAGUUAUUAAUUAUAUGAAUGGUGACUCAAUUAAGGAUAAUCAAAAGAAACCUGAUCAACAACAAGAAAAAUAA